UCUAUUCUCUGAUUUGAAUUCCUCCAUCAAUGGCUAAGUUUCUCUUCUUCUAUGUUCUUGCCUGCCUCUUCCUACAGGUUCUAACAUGCAGUGCUACGUUGUACACAGUAGGGGAUACCUCUGGUUGGGAUGUAAGUACUGAUCUUAACUCAUGGGUCAAGAACAAGACCUUCAAUGUUGGAGAUUCUCUCUUGUUCCAGUACUCAUCUAGCUAUACUGUGAAUGAGGUUACAAGGGACAACUUCAAUGCCUGCAAUGUGACUCGGGCUCUGCAAAUAUAUACUGGAGGAAACACUACGAUUCCGUUGACGAAACCCGGGGAUAGAUUCUUCGUCUGUGGUAACAAGUUAUAUUGUCUAGGAGGGAUGAAGCUUCAAGUCCAUGUUAAUGGAGAUCAAGGGGCUAGUGGUCCUGCAAGUGCAACAGGGUUCGCACCACAAGCUUCCAGGAACAAGAACAAAGCCUCACCUAAUUUAUACACUUCAAAUGGGUCUCCUCACGGUGGAAGAGAUUCUCUAAUAUUUGCAACUUCUCUUGGGGCUAUUGUUAUUCUUCUUUCUAUUGUUAUUAUUUGAAGGGAUUUUCUUGUUUGGCACAAAUAAUUUGUUUUUUUUUUUUUUUUUUUUUCCCUCUUUAGUCACACACAUAAUAUUUUUUCAAUGAGUGUAAUAGUGUCAUUUUACAUGCAGCCUCAAAAAUAUAUACAACAAUAACACUUUUUGA